UGCACGAGGAACGCGCAGAAGAAGAAGACGGACACGUCAAAUCGCUCGGUCGCCAGCAUUCUUCAUACGGUUUCCCAGAAAUCAGAGUAAACGAACGUCGACAUGUCGUCACCGGCGCAGAAGGGUUCAGAAGGCAGCCAGUCUCCUCCUCCUGCCGUUACAUCGGCUGCCGUCGGUGUACAUUCACACGAUCAGAACGUGCCGACCGCUGCCACUGCAGCAAUCGCUUCAACGGCCGCCGUCUCAGCGAGCCCCCCGGUCCCCUUUGAACAUGCGCCGCAGGAGAAGACGGCCCCGCGAAGAAGCCAAAAGAAACAGAAACAGAGCAAAGACCAGUCGCCGGCACAGCAUGCGAUCUCCUCGGUGCCAUCGUUCUCCCAGCCCGCGACUCCAGCUUCCGCGCUCGGCGUCGGCACACACCAGGAGACGAGCCCGGCAGACUUGUGGGUCGAGAAGAUGAAAGCAGGCGGAUGCGAGCAGUACGCAGCCUCAUCCGCUGUCCAGUCCGAUGACCCUCCAUGUGCACAAGCUGUACGCAAGACGGCGGUGUCCACGUCCCUUCCCAAAAAGCGAACCGUUAAGCAGAAUGUGCCCACAGCAGACCCUGAAUUCCUCAAAGCCCUUGCGUCGUUGACCCCCUCUCCGGACAACGAAGCAGCUGGGAAGGAAUCUGCCAAGGGCUCGAAAGCUUUACUGGGGGUUGGCGGGGAGCAACCAUCGCCGGCGGAUCGCUUUGCCGGAAGUCACUCGUUUUCACCUGUGAAGGUCUCGUUUGAGGUCAAAGUGGUGCUGAUAGCGCUGCUGCUAACUGUGACUACCCUGGCCUCUCUCUUCCUCCUGUACCCAAGGCGAGAAAAAUGGACCAUGACGUACUGCAACACCCAAUGCUGCGAGGAACACCAGUAUCGCAUUGAAAAUCAGCUGGACAAAAGCGUCAACCCCUGUGAUGACUUCGGUGAUUAUGUCUGUCGUCGCUGGACCACAAGACAGAAGCUUCUCGUGUCAAGAUCAGAGAUGUGGGAUAUGCUUUUGUCGUGGCUGUACAACCUUCCGGAAAGGCUGAACACAGGUUUUUCCCGAUUCCCUAUAGCGAAAAAGGUUAUGGCAAUGUUUAACGCUUGCAACAACCAACAGGGCGGAUCACAAAUCCACAUCAUGAAAGAAUUUAUGCGCGCAAGAGGUAUUGUCUGGCCGGAAGAAGCAGAGGAAGCAGUUUCACCGGAGAAGGCCCUUUUUGACCUUUCGCUGAACUGGAACGUGCACCUCUGGUUUACCUUGAAGGUAUUCCCCUCUGUUUCGAAAGAAACUCCACGACUUAUCUUUGUGGAACCGAAUGAGCUCAUGCGUGGGUGGAAGGCCGUGUUGAGCCAAAUACCAAAGCAGACCUUUCAAAGAGUCUACAAACAACUCUUCAUCAUUUUUUCAAAUGACACGAACAGCGAACCGCAACCUGAAGACAUCUCGAAGACGUAUGGCGUGCUCGAGAGUGUCUUCAACAUCUUGGUACCAUCGCGUCGUGGCAAACCACGCGUUACGAAACUAUUAUCUUUGAGUGAUAUGGACUACAACACCUCCUUUCCCAUUGGUUCGCACCUUAUGAAUGUGCUAAAUUCUGUGGCGGCAUUCGAUCCGCCGAUCACAUUGAAUGACUUGGUGCUUAUGGAGGAGAGUUCUAAUAUCGGGAAGAUGUUCGACAUGAUCACCGAUUUCGGCAACGAGGUGGUCUUGCGCCACCUGUCGUGGUUGUUUGUGCUGGAGUAUGGGACAGUGGCAUACCCAGAUGCUGUCAUGCUCAUCAUUCGCGGCAGUGAGGACCGCGUCAGGCAAGCGUUGCCCCGUUACUGCGCUCGUCAAGUCGAGUCCAGCUACAAACUCCUUGUGGCUGCCAUGGCCUCCGUAGGCCUCUUCUCCGAGCAAGAGCGGCGCCGAAUCGACGAGCAUCUGGCCGCCAUUGUGGAGGAGGCUGCCAAUAAAACGUGGGCCAUCUCGUGGCUCGACAACGAUACGAAAAAAAUUGCCGUGGCAAAGCUGAAGAGCGUACGCACAGUUUUGUGGCCUUCCGACCAGUUCCUCACGCCGGAGGCACUUCACGAAGUGUACGCAAACUUCACCUACAGCGCCUCGUCGUUCGCGGAGUUCUGGAUCAAGACGCGUCGCAGCCAGCGCCUGAUGUUCGGCUCCCAGGCAGCCGAAGAGGAGAUGUUCCUAGACGACAGCACUAUGCUGCCGUACGUAGACUACAAACGCGUGCUGAAUCACCUGACCCUUUCCAUGGGAGCACUGGCACCUCCUCUCUACUGCAAAGAUGGCACGAAUGCCAUGUUUUAUGGAGGCGUGCUGUACGCUUACGCUCGAGAGCUCAUGACAGCCAUAGACAGCGAUGGAGUUAAGUUCAACCCUAAAGGCGAGUUCGUGUCGUCUUGGUUGAGCCACAGCAUUCAGGACACCUUCGAGCAGCGAACGCUCCGCUGCCUACCUGGAAACAUCAGCAUCUUCCCCGAUGUUCCCGCGAUGGAGGUGGCGUAUGCAGCAUUCAAGCGACACCACCACGAGAAUAAUAGCCGGCUGUCUGAGGAACUGACCGAGGAGAAGGUGUUCUUCAUCACCACAUGCCUGCCUUCCUGCGCUUCGACGCCUGCCGACAACAUCUAUGGCGGCGACUGUAACAAGGCGGUCAUGAACUUCGCGCCGUUUGCCAAAGCCUUCGGUUGUCCCGCCGGUUCCAAGAUGAACCCUGCUUCAAAGUGCCCGUUUUUCGAUUGAGUUGAAACCUGUUUCCUGCCAGAACUGUUUCUUGAGUAGCGCUUUCUCUUCUUUUGUUGUUUAUGUGUGUACGACCUUUCCCUGCAGUACACGUUGUUAGCUCUGAUAUCACUGCGGCGUUGUGCAAAUUCAACGUAAGCCCAUCUUUACACUGUGGAGCUGGACUCACCUCAGGCCACUUCACUUGUGAACUGUCUGCUGUGCCUCAUAAUUCGUUGCAGUACUCCAUUGUUUUGCGCACCGUGGAUUUUACAUGGUGGCCGUUUUGACCGCUAUGUGCAACAUUGCUGGGCUGCGCUUCAUAUAAGCGCUAAUAGCUGACCACAGUAAUGUACGCCAUAGCGCUGUCUUAUGCGACCAUCUUCGGGCGGCUCUAAUAUUCGCAAAACUGACCUUUUCCUUCCGCAAUUGAGCAAAGCAAGAGAGUGAUGCAUUUUACGAAAAGUACCGUAGUACCCUUUUAACUUUGCUGUGCCGUCGUACUUCUCACCAUGGUAUUUUCAAUAGUUAGCCAUAGGCUAUGCCCA